GAUGCACGUCGCUCAGUGUUGGUGAUUGCGUACAGUUAAUCUAACACAGUUUCUUCAUCAGCUUUAUAUUUGGUUGUUGACUCUGUUCAUGAUGGUUCUGAUCAUCCUCUCUGCGGUCCUGAUGUUGGCCUUUCAAUGCACCGUCUCUGAUGUCGUAAAUGAUUUUGGUAAAUGCACGAAGUAUUUCAUGGAGGGUCAGCCUCCACAGAUUGAAGGCAUUCUAGUAGAUUCAAAGUCAGCAGAUCAAAAUCGCUACAAGAUCAUCUGUCAAAGAUAUGAGAAAGAUGUCAGAUUUGCAACACUGUAUGACAUCAAAAACAGAAUCCCAGUGUUCUCAGCUUACCAAUACAGUGGAAAAGGAGACUUCAAGCGGAAAGACCUACAGGAAAACUGGAUGAUUGAGCCUCAGCUUGAAUCUGAGAUGAAUGAACCACAUAAGAUGUUAAAUAAUCUUUACAAUCAGGCUUCUGAUGAAGAUUACAAGAACAAAAAGUUUGACCGUGGUCAUUUAUUUCCAGCCUCACACGCACAUGAUGAACUGACGUGCAGAUCUACAUUCACACUGACCAACAUUGUGCCGCAGUAUAAGAGCUUUAACCAACACAGUUGGUCUGACAUUGAGAAGAGCACUACAGGGCUCAUGAACACAAACUGCAUUGACAAGAGUAAUAAAGUCUCUGCGUAUGUGAUCACAGGUGCUGUACCUGGCAAUAAUGAAUUGAAUGGUAAAGUGAAUAUUCCCUCGAUGAUGUGGACAGCGUUCUGCUGCAAGAACAAGAAAAACUCAUGGUUCUCCAAAGCUCACUGGGCCACAAACAACGAUGACAAAAAGAAAAUUAAAAAGACUGAAGAAGGGAGUCUGGAGGACUUAGUUAAUGCAUUGAAUAAAGAGAAACUAAAUGUCAAGCAGAUCUUCAAGAAUAACUGUAACUAAAACUCCAAAAUAUAAAGAGAAACAGAGCACAUCCACCAUUCUGCUUUUUUGUUUUGGGGUAUUAUGAUGAGAAAUGGUGUAUGAGAUCAUGUGCCAUUACUCGUGUUAAAUAUCUUGCUGGCUUGCUUUAGUGCUUAUUGACCAUUCCUUACUUUUGCUUGAAGAGAUCACUGAUCUUCUGAUAUAAACCUAUGUUUCAUAUUGGAGUCUGUUUCAAAGCUAUAAUAAUGCUCUGUUUUUUUAUUUGUACAUUGCCAAUAAAGCAUUUUGUGGGGA